CCUCCUCCUCCUGUGCCUAAGAGCUGAGUCUACGCUAUCUUUAGCCCCGCAGUGGAUUAAAUCCACGCACUCCGCUCUGGUGCAGCUUGUUCGGCUUAUCUUCUGCUACUCUGUCUGGGUAUUGUGGACAAUAAAAGGCACUACUGAAGUCAUGGGGUAAUGACGGCUGCCCCGUGUGUCACUACCUGCUGUGGUUAUGAUGAAGAAGAGGCCGAAGAUGCUGUUGCUUUGUGGCCGACGGAGAAGCUUCCAGAGCGGGGCCUCUGUGCCGUUGCUGCCGCUGCUGCUCAUCCUGCUCUGCGUCCCCGUCACCGCUGCUUUUCCAGGGUCAUCCUACCCUGAUCUGGACGAGGAGAUUGAUUUUCUCCAGGCUAUUCUCCAAAAAAUUGAAAUAUCAGAGAGCAAAGCAAAGGAACACAAACACCAACAUCUUGUCAGCUUGCAACCAACUGAUGAAAAGACCAGGACCAAACAGAAAAGCCGACUUUAUCUCUCAUCUGACAAAAUUGUCACUCCUGCUCCAAAACAUAAAGAGUAUGCCAUCCCAAACACGACGACUGUUCAUCCCAGAGCCACAGGAAAGGAGGGCAGAGUUGGGCCUUUGAAGGUCUCACCACCUAAGAAGGAUGUCAUGAUGAUCAUUAUGAUUUCACUGUGUGUCACAGUGGGCACAGUGGCUGUGCUGUUGGCUACUAUCUGUUACGUCAAGUUGCAGAAAGACUCCCGCUUGGCUCAGAAGGUGGACUACCCUGCUUUCAGUGGCACUGGUGCACCACCAGCCACAACCAAUGGAGCAUCGCAGAUGGGAGAUAAGACUCUGGCCCACAAUGCUCAGAUGUAUCACUAUCAGCAUCAGAAACAACAAAUGCUGUCGAUGGGAAAUCACAAACAGGAACAAAAAGUUCUUGACAGCGAGGCCACAUCAGAUGAGGAAGAAGUGGGCGGAGAUUUCACAGUAUAUGAGUGUCCGGGACUCGCACCGACUGGAGAGAUGGAGGUGAAGAACCCUCUGUUUGACGACUCCACUCUACAGUAUCAGGAGAAUCACAAGUGACACCUGAACACAUUACACACACAGUGUUUGUGUAUAGUGUGUACAGGCUGAACACACCUCUGAAUCAAGGCAAUGGUUUUUAAACUUAACCUUCUUUCUUUUAGUAGAAAUUCUAUCUUCUCCUUCUUACGUACACGCUUCUGGACAGAACUCUGUCAGCCCACAGUAAGAAUAUGAAUUUCUAAAGUGCUUUUAUGUAGAGUGGGGAACCAUCCCCAGUUAAAGAUGGUUGCAUUGCAUUAUUCUCAUACAAACCCUGAAUUAUUUAUCAAAUCUUAUGACUUAAUGACUAAAUACCCCAGUCUAAUAUAAAAACCUGCUAAAACUGACCUGUUGAAAAUACCUGAAAAUGAUCUCUUUGUGGGUAACCACGUACUGUGGUGUGAACGUUCAGGGCAGUUAAAAAAACCUGCUUUGUCUCAUCUGUUGUAGCUAGCUUUAGCUCCAUAGUCUGUACCACGACCAUUGCAGCUAACGUUAGCCGUGGUGUCUCUACCAAGACCAUUGUAGCUAAUAUUAACUCUAGUAUCUGUACCAGGACUGUUGUAGCUAACUUUGCGGUCUUAUUUCCUUUUUGUGCACUUUUUAUUUCUCCACAGCUGCCAAACAAACUUGCAUUUUUGCCCCCUCCUGAGUUUGUGUGGCAGGUUAAAUAGUGUCGUGGAAGCUUGAGAAAGGUCUGAUUAUAGUCAAAUAUCUUAUAUCAUCUGUAAUUAUAAAAAAAACUAAGGUGUUAAAGUCCAGGCUCUAGGCCUCACAUAAGGGGGUUAAUAAUAAUUGUAUUGUUUAUUGUACUUCUCUUUUUAAUUCUCUCUGAUCUCGUUGACGUGGUAUUACAGUUUUUAAAGUAUCUGUACGUCUUAUUUUUGUCUGAUACUCCUCCGGGCUCAUUCUAGGCUUUAAGCCCACGCACUUUGGUCCUGUUCCCUCCAUUCUUGCAGCUCUGCCCAAAGAUUUUGAUAAUGUAUAAAACUUGUUUUUUGUCAAGUCUUACACAGCCUGCAUCUAAACCACAUUGGUAAAUGUUACCCAGGAGAUGUUAAACCCAUCUAUUUUUUAAAUUUCCCAUAUAAACUGCACCUGAGAACUUCUAGUAAGUCUUGACGUCUUUGAUUGAUGCCGUCUGUUUGCAUGGCUUGACUGUACUGUGUCUUAAUCACGGCAGAGCCUGACGACUUACUCUGCCUCCUACAUGUAUCAGUGAAGGCGUUGCAUACUAAUAAUUGAAGAAUGUAAAGGAACGUGACCUCUGACCCCUGGGUUGGUAGACUAGCUACACUAAUGGAUAUGUGCAGGUGUUGAAUGUGGCUACUGUUUACCUAUAUAAGACGCUGUUCUCCCUGUUUCUCCUGCUGCUUAUCUCCAAGUACUGCAAAAUGUACAUACAAAGAGUGAAAGUGUUCACUUUUUAUAGGUAUUUGUACACGCGGACAAAAAAAAAUUAAAACUUUUUACCACGUCUGAAAAAGUCAA